UUCUAGUUUAGCAUCAUACUUUCCCAAAUAUCCGUCCACGUUGCCUCAAUGUGUCCUCCCCUCCCGGUACCUUUGAAUGGACAGGUUUGAUAGAAACCUGCAGUAACCCCCCACAGACCUCCACCCCUCCACCCACCAUUUAACGGAGUUUAACCAAACUAACAUGCUGAGCGAGAACAGGGACCCGGACAGGCCCGCUCAUCCAGGGGGUUUCCUAACUAGUGAAGCCGGGAAGAGCGACCACAGGCGGGCAGAACACUGCGUGGACUUCUCGGUGUCUGUGGUUCUACCUGCCGGGGGGACCGGAGAGAGAACCGGGCUACAGACACCCAAACAGUACUGCUCGUUUCUGGGUCGGCCGCUGAUCAGCUACACUGUGCAGGCUUUCGAGAGGGUGUCAUGGAUCCAGAGCAUCGUGGUCGUUGUUGCCAAAGAAAGCAUGGACCUGAUGAUGGACGUCAUCCAGCGCUUCCAGCACAGGAAGGUGCGAGUGGUGCAAGGCGGCUUGACCCGUCACAGGUCCAUAUGGAAUGGCGUCCUGGCUCUGGGAGGAGAGGGGGAGGGGGAGUCGGCUGCAGCAGAUAGACCGAAGGUGGUGAUCAUCCACGAUGCAGUGCGGCCUUUUGUGGAAGAGGACUUUCUGUACAAGAUCGCCAUGGCUGCCAAAGAACAAGGAGCAUCUGGAGCUAUCCGACCUCUAGUGUCCACGGUGAUCGCCACCACAGCAGAGGGUUACCUGGAUCACUCUCUGGAGAGAGCCAAGUACAGAGCCAGCGAGAUGCCUCAGGGGUUCACAUAUGAUGUCAUCCACCAAGCCUAUCAGAGGUGCACUGAGUCAGACUUUGAGUUUGGCACCGAGUGUCUCCAUCUUGCUCUUCAGUACUGUGGCACCAACGCCAAGCUCAUCCAGGGACCGCCAACGCUGUGGAAGGUGACCUACAAACGAGAUUUAGCUGCUGCAGAGUCCAUGAUCAAAGACUCUCUCUCGCAGUCGGCCUGUAUUAUCACAGGUGGAUCUGCACAUGCUGUGAGUCUGGCUGCUGCUCUCCAGAAGGCUGUUGGAGCUCUCAACAUGGAGCUGGAGGUCAUCCCAGAUCUGAUGGGAGAGAGCUCAAGCUAUCUGUUGAAGGAGUGGAACUUCAUCCAGGUUUCUGUUGAUUGUUCCUGCCUCUCUGAGGUGGAGACCUUACUCAGAGAUUUGGAGGCAGCAAAUCGGGCUCUUCUCCAUCCUCUGGUCGUCAUUUGGGUGCAUUUGAGCUGUGCAGAUGAGCCGUCCAUCAGCGGGAGGAAGGUGGAGCCGGAUGGCAUCAUGGAGCUGGCCUCAGCCUCCAAGCUCCGGAAUAUUCUCCUCUAUGGCAUCCAGCUUCGUCAGUCAAAGGACACAGAGCGAUGGGAGAGGUCAGUGUUAAAGGUGGCGGAGAUCUCUUCCACGCUGAUCCGGGAGAGGAGUCCAGCUCUGGUGGGUCAGCUUCUGCAGGCAUGAGGGCGACAUCAUCACAAGUAACUCCACUCAACAAGACUCAUGAGCACUGCAGGGACGGGACAGUUCUGUUCACUUCCUGCUCUGAAUCCAUAGCUUAACCAAUCACUCCAUAGAAAGAAAGACUUCAUACUGCACAUCUAUCAUGUUUCGGGACAUUUGAGCAAAAGACCCAAAGAAGCGUUUCGUGAAAGAUAUAAUGACAUGAGUUAAGCUCCAGAAAACCAGUCCUACACUUCCCAUAACGGCUGAAUUCCACCAGAUUCGUGUCCGGUCCCUCUCUGAUCCGUCAUGGCACCUGAUCUGAUAGGUUUCUAUUCUAAUCAAUGUGUUAACUUCCACUGGAUCCACUCUGUUGCGUUCCGGUUUGUGGAUUGCCAG